AUGUCUCACGUCCUCUCUCAGGACCCGGGCGCUCGCGACCCAUACGCCGAUCAAUAUGGUCGUGACAUGUAUUCCUCCGGUUACGAGAACGGCACCAACGGCGGCAAAAAGAGCUCUUUCGACAUGCACCGCCGCGUCUCGGGCGUCGACGGCACCGCCGACAACGUCCUCGAGUCUCUCGGCUACAAGCCUGAGCUGUCGCGCAACCGCUCCACCAAGCAGGUUGCCUUCAUGUCCUUCGUCCUCGCCUCUAUCCCCUACGGUCUCUCUACCACGCUUUACUACCCUCUUGUCGGUGGUGGUCCCGUCACUAUCAUUUGGGGCUGGCUCGCUGUUUCCAUGAUCAUCGUCUGUGUCGCUGCCUCUCUCGGAGAGAUCACCAGUGUUUAUCCCACUGCCGGAGGUGUCUACUACCAGGCCUUCAUGCUCGCACCCGCUUCUUGGCGUCGUGUUGCCAGUUGGAUCUGUGGUUGGGCUUAUGUCGUGGGCAACAUUACCAUCACUCUGGCCGUUAACUUCGGCACCAGCUUGUUCUUUGUCGGCUGCAUCAACGUGUUCGAGUCCGAACCUGGUGUCGGUAUCUUCCAGUACGAGAACUAUCAGCUGUACCUGAUUUUCUUGGGUAUCACGAUUCUUUGCAACCUCGUGUCAGCCCUCGGCAACCGUUGGCUUCCCGUCCUUGACACUGCCGCCGUCUUCUGGACCUUCGCUGGUGUCCUUGCCAUUAUCAUCACUGUUCUUGUCAUGGCCAAGGGCGGUCGUCGCGAUGCUGAAUUCGUCUUCACCCACUUCGAGCCCACCUCCGGAUGGCCUGAUGGCUGGGCUUUCAUGGUCGGUCUUCUCCACGCCGGUUACGCCACCUCGUCUACGGGCAUGAUCAUUUCCAUGUGCGAGGAGGUUCGCGACCCCUCAACCCAGGUUCCCAAGGCCAUGGUUGCCACCAUCUUCAUCAACACUUUCGCUGGCCUCCUCUUCCUCAUUCCCCUCGUCUUCGUCAUGCCCGACAUCAGCGAGCUCGUCCUCGCCCAGCAGCCCGUGCCCGCCAUCAUCAAGUCCGCCGUCGGCUCCCCUGGUGCGGCUAUCGGCCUCUGCGUGCCUCUCCUUGUCCUCGCGCUCCUUUGCGGCAUUGGCUGCACCACCGCUGCCUCUCGCUGCACAUGGGCUUUCGCCCGUGACGGCGCCAUUCCGGGCUCCCGCUGGUGGAAGACCAUCCACCCUAAGCUCGAUGUUCCUUUCAACGCCAUGAUGCUCUCGAUGGUCGUUCAGAUCCUGCUUGGCCUUCUGUGGUUCGGCUCAUCGGCUGCCUUCAACGCCUUCUCUGGUGUCGGUGUCAUUUCUCUGACUGCCGCUUACGCCACUCCCAUUGCCAUCAACUUGUUCACCGGCCGCCGUGCUGUCAAGGACGCCAAGUUCAGCCUCGGCAAGUUUGGCGUUGCUGCCAACAUCAUUGCUCUCGCUUGGUCCGCCCUCGCCAUGCCCCUCUUCUGCAUGCCUGCCACCAUCCCUGUCACUCUGACCACGGUCAACUACGCCCCCGUCGUCUUUGUCUUUGCAACUCUGGUCUCGGCCGUGUGGUACGUCAUCUGGGGCCACAAGAACUACGCUGGCCCUCCUUCCAACGAGAUGUACUGA